GCGAACCGAUAUUUCUCGGGGUAAAUUUGAAACGUAAAUCGUCUGAGUAUCGCGUUGCCUACUGGAGCGCAGAUGUGAAGAACAUAUCGUUUUCUCACGCUUGAAACGCGCUUUUGGGUGUUCAUGACGAGCACAAUGUUCUACUCUCUUUUUAAUCGGUCUCCAUCCAGCCUACCGCCUCAGUUAGUGAUUUAGGGCGUGAGAACUCAAUUUGCUCCUCGACAUCAAAGCAUCUUAUAGAGCCGUAAUUCAUUUAUUGUUUUAUUCAUGCGAAAAUGAUUUUCCUCACAAUUUUUUCUUUUGCUGUUUUGCCCACUACGGAUUUCAAGUGUAAAUCUGUAAGAAAUAUUCCGAGACAACCGGUAUUCAGGAGCCAUCUGUGACUACAUGCUUGCAGGAAUCGCAGCGCAUCGUACCAUGUGCAAAUAGCGGUCAGAUUGAGCGCAGCCGCCGGCAAGAGGAGAAGAAAGAAAACCGGCAUUGCGGAUAUAAUCUGGGAAAUAACUGCUGAUGAAGAAAAUCAAGCAACAGACAUUUGGUAGAAAAGAAUGGCUGCACCUGAUCUUCUGGAUCCAAAAACAGCCGCUCAUAACUCCAAGCCUCGCUUGUCCUUCUCCACCAAGCCCAUCGUGUUAAAUACCGAAGAGGACACCGUCACUACAGUGAUGAGGUGGAAGACUGUGUCGGCCAUCUUCCUCCUGGUGGUGCUUUAUCUCAUCAUCGGGGCCACGGUGUUCAAAGCCCUGGAGCAGCCUCAUGAGAUCGCGCAGAAAGAGGCAAUCCUGACCACGAAGAUGAAUUUCCUCGCCAGUCACUCCUGUGUCAAUUUAUCAGCUCUGGAGGAGCUUGUGCAGCAAGUGGUGUUAGCCGUCCGGACGGGGGUCAACCCCUCAGGAACACCGUUUAAUCAGACGAGCCUGUGGGACCUCAGCAGCUCCUUCUUCUUCGCCGGCACUGUCAUCACCACAAUUGGUUUUGGGAACAUCUCCCCCCACACCGAAGGCGGGAGGGCGUUCUGCAUCAUCUAUGCGCUGCUCGGGAUCCCCCUGUUUGGCUUCCUGCUGGCUGGAGUUGGGGAUCAGCUCGGGACCAUUUUCGGCAAAGGGAUCGCCAAAGUGGAGAAAAUUUUUGUGAAGCGGAACGUGAGCCAGACCAAAAUUCGCGUGACGUCCACAGUCCUCUUCAUCCUGUUCGGCUGCCUGCUCUUUGUGACCAUCCCUGCUGUGAUUUUCAAACAAAUUGAGAAAUGGAGCACUUUGGAGUCCAUCUAUUUUGUGGUCAUCACUUUAACGACCAUUGGAUUUGGGGACUUUGUUGCAGGUGGCUCUGAAAUUAAGUACGAGGAUUUCUAUAAGCCUGUUGUGUGGUUUUGGAUCCUGGUGGGCCUGGCUUAUUUCGCAGCUGUGCUGAGCAUGAUAGGAGAUUGGUUCCGGGUCAUAUCGAAGAAAACGAAAGAGGAGGUGGGUGAGUUCCGAGCGCAUGCAGCCGAGUGGACAGCGAACGUGUCAGCCGAGUUCAAGGAGACGCGUCGGCGCCUCAGUGUGGACAUCUACGACAAGUUCCAGCGAGCGGCCUCCAUUAAGCGCAAGCUGUCAGCUGAGCUAGGCCUCGGGCCGGGCCAGGAGAUGACACCGGGCAAGAGGACGCUCUCCGUGAACUUCGUCGAGGAACACGAUCGGGAGCGCGAGCUCCCCACGCUCACCAAGAACGGCAGCCUCUACCUGAACGGCCUUACGCCCGAUUUCGCCAACCGCACGGAGAUAGCCAUCAUCGAGCGUGUCAAGUGAACGCGCCCUCGGCCCGAGGUCCCCGUUUGCAUCAAGUCGGGGGAGCCAAACAGCCGUAUCAUCAAAGAUGAACUGGAAGUAGUUACUCUACACAAUGGCACCAUGGAGGAAAAUAAUGGAAUCUCCUGUAAUCAAAAGUAUCGGCUUAAAUUUGGGCGUUGACGCCCAUUAAUGUACAGAAGUCAAUGAGGUUAUUUGAUGCCUUCAAGCAGCCAGUGAGUCUGUCCAGCAUCACAAACAGGAUGAUUUAACCACAAGGCUGGGACCUUUGCUUGGGUGGAAUCUCAGCAUUUUACCUAAGGAAUAACACUUGUGCCUUAAAUGUGAAAAGAAGCUACGUUUUUCCCCCCCCACCACUGCAUGAAUGAACAAGGCAAACAUAAUUUUGUUAAUCAGAUAUUUUAAUGAAACGUUACGUGUCCCUUUUGUUUUUUUACCGUGGCUUGAAAAGUAUGAGAGAAGAGGGCAUCAGGAGGUCAGGAUACCUGGGCGCCUCUGGUUUAUCCCACGCAAACCUGCUAGACCGUCUGGAUUGAGCACUGGAUUGAAGGGAAGCUUGAUGAGAGGACCAGAGUCUGUGUGGAUGUGAUGCAGGUUCAGGUGGUGUGUUCAGCAUCAUCGCCUGCUUUGUAAAGCUGCACUUCAAAUGUUUAUUGUUGAAUAUUUAUCCAGGCCGCCACGUCUCUCCAAAAGACACAAUAAGCCGAGGUUGUUUGCUGAGAAAGUCGACAGAAUGACUGAUGCAACUUUGUGAAGAUGUGAGCUGGAUCCAGCUGUUUUCCACAGCUUGACACCCAAAAAUAUUCCAAGGCUGGUGCCGGUGCGGUUUCUCAGAGGCAGGAGGAUUUCAUCUAGAAAUAUCACAACACAAUCAGCAUAACAGGCACGAAGAAACAUACCAAAACGUACUAUCUAAUUUAACAACAAUUCUUUAAAAAGACUAUUUAGGGAAAGCCUUGUUAGAUAAACUAUUUAAAAAAUGAACAAAUUACAUCUCGAUAUGCUGAGAUGUGCAGCACAUCUUUCAUGCACUAGUGCUGCAGACUGUUGAAUUGGGAGCCUGAUUAUUAGUUACAGUGUUUCUUCCAAUUGUUUAUCUUUAAAAAGUACUGUAACUGUUAAAUUAAUAAUUUAAAGGUGUCAGUUGCCUGGACAACAAAAUCUAAUUUUGCUCUUUAAUACACUAAACGACUGACUUUGAACUUUGAACUGA